AUGGUUCUAACUAAUGGCAUUCAGACGAGUUCCUUAAGCAAUCACGUUACGGACUCAGCAGCUGGUGCAAUGGCGCUCUUCACAGGAUGGAAGGUGAAUACGGGAACAUUGGGAACGAAGCCUAUUGUGAAAGAAAAAUGUACAAACGUGUCCGAACUUCAUGUCACCGAUGGAAUCGUGGAAGGCAUUCUUCAAAAAGGUAUGGGAGUGGGAUUUGUGACUACGACCCGCAUCACUCAUGCAACACCGGCGGCGCUGUACGCGAAGGGAGUUGACCGAAAUCACGAGUUCGACGAUGCAACGUUGAAGGCAGAAGUAAAAUGUACACAUGAUAUUGCCAAACAGUUACUAUCCUAUCCAGCUUCGGAAUUCAAG